UGCUACGGAACGUAUACACAGGCGAAAGGGAGUGCUCACGCAGGAUCUGUGCAAUGCCAGGCUUAUCUGAUUCACACCCUCGCCAUCCUUGGUACAAGGAACGACUCUGUAAAAAGUAUCUUAAUGACUCUGCGCGUAAAGCAAACCUUUCCGGGGCCCUGAACAGCCGUCAAUGGACCUUCUUGCCAAAAGGGGUUGAUGAUUUCCGUGAUGGCUAUCCCUCUUUUUCCGAGUGCACCCUCAUCCCAUCUAGCAAAGGACCAGCUCCAGUUUUGCAUAGUACAAAUUAUGAGAGUGAUCCAACUAAGAAUAAACCAAUCAAGAGAUUUACCAAAGAGCAGGCCUGCUUUUCCAAACUUCUUCCAUUGCAGCAAGCACGCAGGGAGUACAUAGCCCAGAUUGAGUAUGGCCUCACGCAGCACCCGCUUGCUCUGUAUCCUCAUCUGGAGGAGGGUCUUCCACCCAAAUUGUUUGAAGAAAUUGUGGACAUCCUCGACCCAGAGAUGAGAUUGAAAAGUGCAUCAGGAUCAUAUAAAGCGGAGGACGAGGAGCCAGAAGAGGAGCACAGCACUCCACAAAAGGAACAGCAGGAGGUGCUGAGUGUAAAGUCAAGGGAGGCAAGCAGCAGGCAUUCAGCUAUAAGUGAACAGUCCAGGCAGUCCAGGCAAAAAAAUCCCUACACAUGGCUUUCAAAAAAAGAGGAAUCGGAGAAAAACGAGAAGAAAGUCAAAAUAAAUCGCAGCUUGACUCCUGCAGUAGAUGAAAAUGUGAAACAAGUGACUAAGGAGUUCUGCGACUGGAUGUCUUCUUUGGGAGGUGAGCAGUGUAAUGUUACUGAAUCCACCAUCUCCAGCCUGUUUGCCAGUGGCUAUGAUACCAAGCCAGCCCUCAGUGUCCCGAUCCAUGUGGUGGAGCUAAACAAUGUUCCAGCAGAGCUGAGAAUGUCUGCGGGUCUCGCAUCGCAACAGAACACGUUGAAGAGUUCUCAGUCUACGCAUUUCAAACUUCAACACCAAUCUCACGAGUCCACAUACUGCCCUAGUUGGGUGAAAUCCAGAUACGGCGCUUGGUACCUUGAUCCCAAAACCUGGAAAAAAAUGAAAAUAAAUGAACCACUAAAGGAUCCAAAGGCUGAAGAGGUGGACCAAAACACAGAUUCAAAAGCAUGGUUAAGCCAAGAGGAUGAAGAUUUGUCACAACUCCACGGAGCUUUAGCAUUUAAUGAGUUCAUAGAAAAGAAAGGCUACCGGAAACCCGAGUUUCUCAUGAGAAUAUUUCCCAAAAAUGACGCCGGUGGAUCAGAAAAUGUGGUUACGAGGGAAUCCAGAACAGGCUCUUCUACAAGAAACACCUGGCACCGUUCUAGCUCUGCAUCCACCCAUGAAGAUAGUAUAAUAAACUAACAAUGCUAAGUUGACACUAAAUAAAUAAUAAAUAAUAAUAAAUUGAUAUUCGCAUUCAGACAUGUUCAAAGUAAUUACAGAUAGCUCACAGAUAAUUCAUAUUGUCUAUGCAUGGAUUAGUAGAGGUAUCUACUAAAUUCCAAAUCAGUUAUGACUUAGUUCAUCUGGAGCAAAAUGUAUGGUCAAACUUAGUGUCUGUCGAGCAGAGAACCAAUUGACGUUAAUGUGGAACUGGGGAAAAAAUGCAA